AUGUCAGACGAAAUAAUUAUGUCUGUGACAAUCAGGCAAUUAAAAUCGAGCCACCGCGAAUGUUUAGAAGAAGGCAUUAAACUAGAUGUUGAGGAUGAAUUUGGCGUUCUUGAUGCUAUUGUUAAAUCUGAAUCUGAAGAUGAUGAAACGUGUUUAGAAAGAUUCAUGAUUCCGAAAAUCACAUCAUUUGAAAGAGCAUAUGGUGAUCACAUGUCCACUAAUAGCAAAGAAAGCCCUUUUGAAUGCGAAAUCUGUCAUAAGACUUUCAAACUAAAAAGGGAAAGAAAGGCGCAGCUGGUCCUCUCCCUCCACCACCACCACCACCCGCAGAUGUUUUCUCCACUCCCUGACAUUGACGAUGGCAAAGAUCGUAGUGCUUUGUUUGCUGAAAUAAAUCAAGGAGAAGGCAUAACUAGAUCAUUGAAGAAAGUCACCUCUGAUAUGCAAACACACAAAAAUCCGACACUACGCCAAGGCCCUACUCCAUUCGUUAAAGCUAAUAUGUCAGAAAAACCAUCAAUUACUAAAGUUGCCAUUAAAGAAAGUGAACCGGUAUUCAAAAGGGACGGCAAGAAAUGGAUUAUUGAACACCAAAAAAAUAACUCUACACUCAAAGUUCAAGAUGUCGAAAUGAACAAUGUUGUGUAUAUGUUCAAAUGUGAAAACUCUACGCUGGUAGUUAAUGGAAAACUGAACUCGAUUGUGAUGGAUUCUUGCAAGAAGUGCUCCCUGGUCUUUGAUAGUGUUGUAUCAAGUUGCGAAUUUGUUAAUUGCCAAAGUGUAAAGAUGCAGGUUCUAGGAACAGUUCCGACAAUAUCUAUUGACAAAACUGAUGGUUGCCAAAUGUUCCUGGGAUCUCAAUCUGCAGACACUGUGCAGAUUGUCAGUGCAAAAUCCAGUGAGAUGAAUGUUGUUCUUCUAGAUCAUGUUUCAGAUCGAGAUGGAGACAUGGUUGAGCUUCCAAUUCCUGAACAAUUCAUUACGCUGAUAUCCGGAAAAACUUUAAAAACAACGCCAAUCGAAAAUCGCGGUUAACUAUCGUAAAAAUAACUAUUUAUAUAUGAUUCGC